GAGAGCACGACAAGGAAGAGGUAAACAUCAGCUUAUUGCACCCAUGCAACGUCUCUGCUCUCCUUCUUUCUCUUUCCUAUCGCAGGCCACCAUUAUCGUAGUUUGAUCAUAAUUCAUAGGCUGUGAUUAUGAUUAUCGUUGAUUGAUUCUUAAAUAUACAAUUCUAGGGUUUUCAAAAUUUGAUAUUUUCCUCAUGAGAGUCAAAAUCACGUUUGAUCGUCAUCUCCCUGCUUUCAUUUUGACAUCAGCAGAAAUUCAAAUUCUAAUUUGCUCGGCUGUCUCAGAUUCUUCAUUAUAACCAUGGCUGCGGCCAUCAAUUAUGCUGUGGGAUCUCUUGUUUGGGUGGAGGAUCAUAAGGAAGCUUGGCUAGAUGGAGAAGUAUUGGAACUAAAUGGAGAAGAACUAAAAGUAAAAUGUACUACAGGGAACACAGUUGCUAUUAAUGCAUCCAGGGUUCACCCGAAGGAUCCUGAAGUUCCUGUUUCUGGUGUAGAUGAUAUGACUAAACUAGCCUAUCUACAUGAACCAGGGGUUCUUGAUAAUCUAAAACGCCGCUACGAUAUUAAUGAAAUUUAUACAUACACAGGAAAUAUACUGAUAGCUGUCAACCCCUUCCAAAGGCUACCUCAUUUGUAUGAUGGUGAUAUGAAGGAAAAGUACAAAGGGGCAGCUCUAGGUGAUCUAAACCCGCAUCCUUUUGCAAUUGCAGAUUCUGCGUACAGAUUGAUGGUUAACGAAGGAAUAAGUCAGGCAAUUUUGGUUAGUGGGGAGAGUGGGGCUGGAAAAACUGAAAGUACUAAAAGUCUAAUGCAAUAUCUUGCAUUUAUGGGAGGAAGAUCCGGUGUUGAGGGACGUAGUGUGGAGCAGCAAGUACUCGAGUCUAAUCCUGUUCUGGAAGCAUUUGGCAAUGCCAAGACUGUGAGAAAUAACAAUUCAAGUCGAUUUGGCAAGUUUGUGGAGCUACAAUUUGAUGAAAGGGGGAGGAUUUCAGGAGCUGCCAUUAGAACUUAUUUAUUAGAAAGAUCUCGUGUUUGUCAGGUGUCUGACCCUGAAAGAAACUAUCACUGCUUUUACAUGCUGUGUUCUGCUCCGAAAGAGGAUAUUGAGAAGUUUAAGUUGGACGGUCCAAGAAACUUUCAUUAUCUCAAUCAAUCAAAUUGCUAUGAGGUUGAUGUCAUAGAUGAUGCCAAAGAGUAUGUAGCAACCAGAAGAGCCAUGAAUGUUGUCGGAAUUGGUUCUAAUGAGCAGGAUGCAAUAUUCAGAGUUGUGGCUGCCAUUCUCCAUCUAGGUAAUAUUGAAUUUGCAAAAGGGAGUGAACCAGAUUCUUCUGAAGCCAAAGAUGAAAAAGCUAGGUUUCAUCUGAAAACAGCUGCUGAACUUUUCAUGUGCGACGAGAAAACCCUUGAAGAUUCCCUUUGUAAACGUGUUAUUGUCACUCGUGGAGAGUCCAUUACCAAGAAUCUGGAUCCAGAGGCUGCUGCUGUCAAUAGAGAUGCUUUGGCAAAAAUUGUUUAUUCAAGAUUGUUUGAUUGGCUUGUGAACAAGAUAAAUAGUUCAAUUGGUCAGGAUCCUGAAUCAAAAUUUCUGAUUGGAGUUUUGGACAUUUACGGUUUCGAGACAUUCAAGACAAACAGCUUUGAGCAGUUCUGUAUUAAUUUAACAAAUGAGAAGCUACAACAGCAUUUUAAUCAGCAUGUUUUUAAGAUGGAACAAGAAGAAUACACUCGUGAAGAAAUUGAUUGGAGUUACAUAGAGUUUGUUGACAACCAGGAUGUUCUUGAUCUUAUUGAGAAGAAACCUGGUGGCAUCAUUGCUCUUCUGGAUGAAGCAUGUAUGUUUCCCAGAUCCACACAUGAGACGUUCGCUGAAAAACUGUACCAGACAUUCACCAAUCACAAACGCUUCAGCAAGCCAAAGUUGUCGCGUACUGAUUUCACUAUAUCACACUAUGCUGGUGAGGUUACCUAUCAAACUGACCUUUUCUUGGAUAAGAACAAAGAUUAUGUUGUUCCUGAGCAUCAAGAACUUCUAAAUGCUUCAAAGUGUGCCUUUGUGGCAAGCUUGUUUCCACCUUUGCCUGAGGACUCCACUAAAUCUUCCAAGUUUUCUUCCAUUGGUACCGGCUUUAAGCACCAAUUGCAAUCAUUGCUAGAGACAUUGAGUGCAACGGAGCCACAUUAUAUUCGUUGUGUAAAGCCAAAUAAUCUUCUUAAGCCUGCAAUAUUUGAAAACGGCAAUGUUUUGCAUCAGCUUCGUUGUGGGGGGGUUAUGGAGGCUAUAAGGAUUAGCUGCGCUGGCUUCCCCACAAGAAAGCCAUUCCAUGAAUUUAUAGAUCGUUGUCGUAUCCUUGCUCCAGAGGUGUCAAAGGGCAGUUGUGAUGAAAUCAUCGCAUGUAGAAAGAUUUUGGAGAAAGUGCAGCUUGAAGGUUAUCAGAUAGGUAAAACUAAAGUGUUUCUCAGAGCGGGCCAGAUGGCUGAAAUAGAUGCACGCAGGAAUGGGGUUUUAGGUCAAUCUGCUACCAUAAUUCAAAAGCAAAUUCGUACCUUUUUUUUCCGUAGAUGGUUUAAGCAAAUGUGCGGUUCUGCUAUACAGGUUCAAGCGUUGUGUAGAGGACAAAUUGCUCGUAGUGUCUUUGAGCACAAAAAGAGAGAAGCAGCAUGUCUGAGAAUCCAAGCGGAGCUGCGCUGUCAUCUUGCCAGGAAAUUUUACUUAGAGUUAUACUCUUCAGUUGUGAAGAUUGAGAGUGGUAUGCGCGGCAUGGCUGCUCGUCGCGAGCUUCAUUUUCGAAGGCAGAUGAGGGCUGCAACUAUAAUACAGACUCAAUGCAGAAGGUUCAUAGCCCAACUCUUUUAUAAAAGGAUAAGGAGAGCCGCUAUUGUUACACAGUGUGCAAGGCGAGUUAAAUUAGCACGAAGAGAAUUAAGGCAUCUAAAAAUGGCUGCAAAGGAGGCAGGUGUAUUGAAGGAAGCUAAGGAUAAAUUAGAAAAGGAAGUUGAAGAAUUAGCUUCCCGUUUACAGCUAGAGAGACGCAUGAGGGUUGAGCUAGAGAUAUUGAAGGAAAAGGAAAAUGGAAGUCUACAGCAGGAUUUGCAAGAGAUGGAGAAGCAGUUACAAGAGGCGAAGACAUUGCUUAUGAAAGAACGUGAAGAAGCUGUGAAGGCUGUGAAAAGGGAAAAUGAAAGUCUACAGCAAGAUUUGCAAGAGAUGGAAAAGCAGUUGCAGGAGACGAAGACAUUGCUUAUGAAAGAACGUGAAGAGGCUGUGAACGCUGUGAAAAGGGAAAAUGAAAGUCUACGGCAAGAUUUGCAAGAGAUGGAGAAGCAGUUACAGGAGACGAAGACAUUGCUUAUGAAAGAACGUGAAGAGGCUGUGAAGGCUGUGAAAAGGGAAAAUGAAAGUCUACAGCAAGAUUUGCAAGAGAUGGAAAAGCAGUUACAGGAGACGAAGACAUUGCUUAUGAAAGAACGUGAAGAGGCUUUGAAGGCUGUGAAAAGGGAAAAUGAAAGUCUACAGCAAGAUUUGCAAGAGAUGGAAAAGCUGUUGCAGGAGACGAAGACAUUGCUUAUGAAAGAACGUGAAGAGGUUGUGAAGGAUUUGAAAAGGGAAAAUGAAAGUCUACAGAAAGAUUUGCAAGAGAUGGAGAAGCAAUUGCAGGAAACAAAGACAUUGCUUAUGAAAGAACGUGAAGAAGCUGUGAAGGCUGUGAUUAAGGAAAAUGAAAGUCUACAGCAGAAUUUGCAAGAGAUGGAGAACCAGUUGCAGGAGACGAAGACAAUGCUUAUGAACGAACGUGAAGAAACUGUGAAGAGAGCACAUGAGGAUGUCUCUGACGUACAAGCACCCAUUUUUGAUGAUCAACUGAUGUCCCAAAUUACAGUUGAAAACGAACUGCUCAAGGUUGAGCUUGAAGAAUUAAAGAAAGAAAAUGAAUGUCUACAGAAGGCUUUGCAAGAAAUGGAGAAGCAUUUUCCGGAGACGAAGACAUUGCUAAUGAUAGAACGUGAAAAGGCUAUCAAGGAAGGACAUGAGGAUGUCCAUAACAUACAGGCACCCAUUUUUGAUGAUCAACUAAUGACCAAAAUUACCGUUGAAAAUGAACAGCUCAAGGAGUUGGUAAGUUCAUUACAAGGGAAAAUAGAUGAAGCUGAGAAGAAAUUUGCGGAAACAAGCAAGAUGAAUCAAGUACCUCAUUCUGAUAAUGAACUGAUGAUUAAACUUGUGGUAGAAAAUGAACAGCAUAAGGAAAUGGUAAGUUCCUUGGAAAAUAAAAUCGAUGAUACUGAGAAGAAAUAUGCAGAAACAAGCAAGCUAAGUGAAGAUUAUAUUUAUGAUAAUGAAGUGAUAAACAGACUUGCUUCAGAAAAUCAACAGCUCAAGGAAACGGUUAGUUCAUUGGAACAGAAGAUUGAUGAGACUCAGAAGAGAUAUGAAGAAACAAGCAAGCUAAGUGAAGAGCGAUCAAAGCAAGCAAAAGAAACUGAAGCACAGAUGAUUGAACUUAAGACUGCAAAGCAAAGGCUGGAAGAGAAGAUGGCUUCCAUGGAAACUCAGCACAAAAGCAAAAUGUCAGAUUAUCCGUCUUUUGGGAAUGGAUAUAUGAAUGAAACCAUUAAGGAUUUGCCAAGUGGAACACCAAGAAAGCUAUUUGGUACCGAGUCUUUGAGGAAAUCACAAAUGGAGAGACAGCGUGAACUUUCAGAUUCUUUAAUUAGAUGCGUAUCUGGAGAUGUUGGUUUCAGUCAAGGAAAACCAGUUGCUGCCUUUACUAUGUACAAAUGCCUUCUUCACUGGAAAUCAUUUGAAGCUGAAAGAACAAACGUCUUUGACCGGCUUACAGAGUUGAUUAGCUCUGCGUUCCAGAACUCAAAUAAUAACGGUCAUUUGGCUUAUUGGCUGUCCAAUGCAUCAACAUUGUUGUUCUUACUGCAAAGAAGCUUUAAGGCAAACAAAGAUUGGAAACCCCCUCAACCACCAACCUUUUUCGGAAGGAUGGCCCAAGGAUUUCGUUCCCCUUCUUCUGCAAGCCUUCAAAUUGAUAUAGUUCGUCCUGUUGAGGCCAAGCAACCAGCUUUGCUUUUCAAGCAGCAGCUGACUGCUUAUGUUGAAAUGAUAUUUGGGAUUAUUAAAGAUAAUUUUAAGGAAGAGUUAUCACCUCUUGUUUCCUCUUGUAUACAGAUUCCAAAGAAACUUGAAGUUGACAGCACUCAAGAUAAUUGUUGGCAGGGCAUCAUUGAUUGUCUUGAUUCAUUUCUUAAAACACUAAAGGAGAAUCAUGUACCAGUGGUUCUUGUACAAAAGAUCUUUAUGCAGCUUUUUUCAUGUAUCGAUGUGCAACUUUUUAACAGUAUACUCCUCGAUCGAGAGUGCUGCACAUUUAGAAAUGGCGAGCAUGUUAAAGCUGGGUUGGACAUCUUGGAAACCUGGUGCGGGGAAGCUACGGAAGAGUUUACAGGAUCAUCAUGGGAUGAACUCAAGCACACAAGGCAAGCGAUUGAUUUCCUGAUUAUUAAUCAAAAAUGUAGGAUCACAUAUGAAGAUCUUACAAGUGAUCUCUGCCCUCUCUUGAGUGUUCAACAGCUUUAUAGAAUAUGCACAACAUACUGGGAUGAAGAUUAUAACACGAGUACUGUUUCUGAAGAAGUUAUUUCAAGUUUGAAGGCUUCGAUGCCUGAAGAAAAUGAGGGUGAAAUGGACAGCGAUAAAACCAAUAAGGAACUUAUACUAAAUGACAAUUCCAGCAUACCCCUUUCUGUUGAAGACCUCUCGGUUUCCCCAGAAGAGAGAGAUUUCGCUGGUGUAAAACCCGCCCCUAAGUUACUAGAGAAUCCCGAUUUCCAGUUUCUGCAGGAUUGAGGCCCAGAUUAUAUAACAUUUGGCUGCCUCAAACAAAACUCGAAGUUUAUAUUCAUUCCUAUACGAAAAGGUUAACGACAUCCCAUUCUUUCUUCUUUUAACUCAACAUCGAUCGCCCAAAACUUAAAUUAUGAAUUUAGUUCUUUAUCUUCGAAAUAGCCCUUGUAUAGAUCUCUUAGGCUUUUCCUCAUCGCGGUUGGUGAAUGGAUGUUUCAUAUUUCUCAUCUCGAGCUCAGGUGUUUCAUUCUUUAAUGGGAUUGUUAAGAUAGAAGCAUAUGUUUCCGCCCAUUCUUUGAUUUGUUAAAGAUUAUUAUUUUUUGAAUAAUAAUUGCUUUGUAUAGAGUCAGAAAGUUUUUUUGUUUUUUUUUUUUUGUUUGUUUUUUUUUUUUUUUUUUUUGGCUAAUGAUCAGCAUAUACAUUUGUAUUGCAAAGUGCACAUCAAACAA